AAGUGUGAUCAAACAGUUAGUGACAAGCUCUUGUAGCUAACGGAUUUAUUAUAGCUAAAAGUACGACAAUUAAAGUAGAAAAUAGGGCAAAAACUGGAAAUUCGGAUAAUUCAUUAAUUUCUCUUUAAAGGAUUUAGGAUAAACUCAAUUUUUGAGAGAGGUUUUAACGAAAAUAUGUGCAGAAUUGUGUUUACAUUACACAAACGUGUUAAUGUUUUUGAAUGAAACGUUACAAUUUUAUACUGGGGUAAAUAAACAGUCUGCACUUGCAAACAUACUUUUUCUUUUUAUAGCAACAGGGGCACAGCAUAUGUGUUGUUUAUAAUCGGAGAAAUUGUUUAUAUUGAAUAGCGGAGAUCAAGUGGCUGUUAUAUAUUGUUACAAGGUUUAUCAGAAAGCAAGUGUUUUUUUUUUUACUGAUCGGAUUAUGUUGUGGAAAAACGGUAACUUUGAAAGGUUUUAAAUUAUUUGCUGCAUGAAACUACAAGAAUGGAUUAAUCAGCAGAACAGCAAGAGUCAAUAAAGAUGUAGUUUACAUAAAAUCAAGACUGAUGUGCGGGUACUACCGAGUGAACGUUGGUUCUUUUAUGAACAACUCGGACAAAACAUGAGCAGUUCCUUGCUGACACGGACACCGCUCAUCGAGCUAGCUAUACUUUUGGCGAUAUUUGUUACGGCAUGGGCAACAAGUGAUAUGAUUCCACAUUUUACUGUUGAGCCAUCUUCUGCAGUAGUAUCCCAGAAUUCACCUACAACUUUAUCAUGUCGUGUUGAACCGUCGAGUUCAGUUGUACGAUGGAAAUUCAAUGGUGAAUACUUUGAAGAAAACAACCCAUAUGGAUUUAAACAAAUAGGAAUGGAUUUACACUUGACUUCCCUACCAGAUAACGGGCAUGAAUCUACGUUUCAGUGUGUAGCACAGAGCACGCUAGGAACCCUUCUCAGCGCACCAGUUAAAAUUUCUAAAGCAGUAUUGAGGAAGUUUGAAGACCGAGGUGACCUUCACCUGAAUGUGUCGGAAGGUUCAAAUCUUGUGAUUCCUUGCCAGCCCCCAUACAGUCGGCCUCGAGUGAAAGUUUUGUACAAAUAUAACCAUUCUACCAUCAUUGAAAAAGAUACAGAUCAUUAUAAAAUCCUUCCAUCGGGUAACCUGCUGAUAGUUAAAGUGACAACCGCUGACCAGGGCCAGUAUCAGUGUAUGGCCCAGAACACGUUACGUAACCGAACACGCACAGCCAAACAUAGCAUCCACGUUCAUGUACUAAACACUGCAGUUCCAAGACACGAUCCAGCAGUGAUUAUGCCUUCAACAAAGCUGCAAGCAUUGCUUGGUGAUGAUGUUGUACUAGAAUGUUCUGCCAUCGGCAAUCCACAACCUGUGAUCUCUUGGGAGAAAUACGGUGGCUCCCUCUCUGAAGGAAGAUACCGUCUGCAGCAUGGGAAUUUGUAUCUGGACAAGGUAACGUUAGAAGAUGAAGGAACCUACCUCUGCAAGGCAAACAACGGCAUCAAUUCUCUUAUGUUAGAUGGUCUAAAGGCAAUGGUGCUUGAAGUAUUAGAACGUCCAAUAAUACAGAGUGUAAAUCCAGUAAUUAAUGUGAGUCUAGGUGGUCUGAUAGAGUUAAUGUGUAUCGUACGAGGAAAACCGCGGCCCCAGAUCACAUGGUACCAUGAUGGAAACCUUCUCAAGGCUUUUAAUGGAGAAUCCCGAUUGUUUAUACGUAAUGCUGAGGCGAGUCACCAAGGCUUGUAUCAAUGUUUCGCUGAGAACAGUGUGGGAAUCAGCCAUUCUUCAAUGAUAGUAAAUGUGGAUGUGACAAAGCGUGACUCGGGUUCAUUAACACUGUCAGAUCAAAAUGUUACUAAAGUGCCAUCUAGUGAUGAACUGCUGGACAAAAAUGAAACUUCUGCUGGUCGGGAGUCCAAACGUCGAAAAGAUUCAAAACGAAAGUCCAAACGAAGAAAAAAUAGAAAGAAAAAACAGAGGCAUAGAAAUAAAGCCAGAAAUUUAGAACCAGUAAAAUUAGUUCCACCAAGCAAGCCAGAAGUGAACCAGUUAUCAGACACGUCUGUCAUGUUGAACUGGACAGUACCGGAAAAUGAUGGUUUACCAAUUACAUUCUUCAAAGUACAGUACAAGAAAGUCGCUCCAAAGAAAGGAAGCUGGGUCACUGAUGAUAUUAAAAUUGACAGUCAAGUACGAACCUUCGAAGUUAGAGGUCUAAAACCUAGAUCCACAUACAAGUUUCGUAUAGCGGCUGUUUAUACAAAUGACGAUAAUGAAAUAGGAGAAAAUUCGGACAAGUUUGAGAUGAAAGUUGAUCCGGUUCCUGAAGCAAAGCCACCGAGCAAGGCACCGAACAUUGUACAAGUGAUUCCGAUAGACUAUAAAGAGAAUCAUGGUCUCAACGUACACUGGCAGCACAACGUUGUGACGUUGACUCCUAUAGAAGGUUUCUAUAUCUACUACAAGCCAUUUCAUGCAGAAAAGGACCCAUUCCAGAAUGUUACCUUGCUUGAGCCCAGCGUGCGAUCCCAUCUCCUCACUAACCUGUUUCCCGGCACAGAAUACCUCAUCAGAAUGCAGUCCUUUAAUGGAGUGGGAGACAGUCCAUACAGUAACGAAGUUGUUGAACGAACUAAAGGUUCUGGUGGGCCCUAUGACAAUCCACAAUUCCCACAAAUUAAGCCUGAAGAACCGACAAAGAAUCCUUCACCAGUUCCACCCACAAGCAAUGAUCCUGAGGUAAAAGACGAUGAUACAAAUCGUAGCACUCGUACAGGAACACAAGCAAGCAGUGAAAAUUUGUACAUGAUUCUCGGAAUAGUUCUAGGUGUAAUGAUGCUGCUGUUGAUCGUAUUCAUGUUCAUGUGUUGGUGGAAACAGCGGCAGCAGCGAAGACAGCUGGAUGCUAUGAAUGACGCAGUGCGUAACAAAUUCCAGGACCCGUCACAGAGAAUAUAUGCGGAUAGUUUACGCAAGAAGAUGUUAAACGGAGGUCUUGCAAUUAACGGUAUUAACGGGACGAUAGCGAAUGGCCAUAUACCUCGUAAUUAUCAUAACAUGAACAUUAAUGUAAAUCCAUUAUCGGAGUUAGAGCCCCUGAACUCUACGGAUGGAUCUAAUCAUUAUUCUCCCUCAAGUUUUCGUCCAAAUGGGACCCUCCCCUCCCAUCAUCGGACAAGUGACAAUAAUUGCAAUAAUAUUAACCAAUCAAAAAGCCUGCAGAAUUCUCUGCAGCAUUUAAACCACCAUAAUACCCCUAGUUCUGGGGAAGGGGAGACUUUAGGCAGCGGGGAAUCAAUGGCGAAUCCCCCAUCGCCGAUGUGUAAAAAUGUGCCAAUAGGUCAUAAUAGUGAUGCGCUUGAUAGACGCUCUUUAUCAAAUAGGUCAUGUGACCAUGGGUCAUGUGAUCCCUGUGACAGUUCUUUAUCUUACGAUGAUACGGGUGGUGUAUAUAGUAGUGGUCGUCAUCGGAAACGGCGGCGGCGAGGACAGUGUAAAGAACAAACGACUAAAGAUCAAGCUACAAACACGGAUUUAAGCAGUAACGACGGCACGAUGGAGUUGUCGGAGAGUAACAAAGCGAUAUCAUCAUCACAGGAGUCUGGUCAGCUUGCUGAUAAUACUCAAAUUGUUAAGACAAACUCUGAAAGUGAAGACUUAGUUCCGUGUUCUAAUGCUGUAUGACCUCAGCUGUACGGACAUUCUACUUACGCAAUCUGCAAUAUUUUAUUUCACCUGAGAUUCUAACGAGAAUUUCUUUUUCAAGAAUGGCAGACUUCUUGAUGGAUUUAUGCAAUGGAGUUGUGCAUUGAGUUUUCAAAUCCCUCAGGAAUUUUUUUUUUCAAAAUAAACUGAAUUAAAAAAUGCAUUUUGUGCAUCAAGUGAAAUAUUCAGCAGAAAACGGACUGCUGCAAUCUGAUUGGUGCUUAAUCAUGUGAUAAUGUUGAAUACCAAAUAAUGCAUUUUGUGUUGACACAAAACACUUUCUACAGAAGGAGGCUGCCGUUUGAUAAUCAGUGAAGUGGUUUACCAAGCGGGGAGAGAUAAAUCAAAGGCUCUGCGGGUGAAAAUUUAGCCAAAGACGGAACAAUAAAAAUUCUCAUCAGAGAAAUAGCUGACUAAAUCUUUGACUAACUUUCAUUAUUCGGUGUACAUUUUCAGUUAACUAGCAAACCUAAUUCCAUUUUGUCAUCUGAAAGUCAAAUAGAGAAACUAUAGUGAUUAGAAAAAUUCAGUGCAUCAAAUGACAUUAGUUUACUCGAGGAAUUCAGCCUCGUGUCUUUCUUUCUGUUAUGAAGAUAUGCAAGUUAUUUAUAUAGUAUUUAUUAGGGUUAUACCAAAGAAACCAUUUAAUUGGGAAAUAAAAAAAAUCAAAUCUCCAUUUUUUAAAUAAACAUGUGCAUUUCUGACCAUUGAGUACAUACAUAUUUUUCGUUGACAUGUCUUUAAAAUUGGACAUGACCUUUUUGUUUGAAUCUGUACUAAACAGAAUCUUUUGUAUGGUUAGUAUUUAUUUUGGAAAAAAAGUGUUUUGAACUACAAGAAAAAUUACAAUGAAAAUUACCAGUAAUUAGUACAAUUAUAUAUUCUGUUGUUACAUAAACUGCAGACUUUGAGUUCAAAUUUUGAUGAAAUACGUAUAUAGCUUCUUUGAAGAUUUAUCACAAGAAAUUGUUUACAAGGUAUAACUUAAAUUAAAAUAAAAAUACUCAUGAUAAAUGGCAGCUGUUGACGAAUCUCACAAAUAUAAGAUUGUAUAUUGUACAGUAGAUUAAGUAUAUUAUUUUCAAAUCUUUGAUUUCUGUCAACAACUCUGAAUUAAGAAGUUAACAAAAGCAUCCAUAAAAAUUAACUAAAUUACUAGUAUUUAUAUAAAGUAAAGGCAGAAUAGUUUGGUCUUUGACUUACAGCUAGAAAUUUUCACAAUUGUUGAUACUUGUUAGUGUUGUGAAUUUUACCUCCUGUGCAGUAUUUAAGGUAUAAUUAUGUACACCACUUACUUUUGAAAUCCUUGUUUCUUAUGGUAUUUUAUCUGAAGGAAAAGACAUUCUUGCAUUUGACUUUAGUAUACUUCAUUACAGUUACUUUUUGUUCUAUUAUUAAUCAUAUAAAAACUUAGUUUCAAGUUUGUAAACCAGACUCAAAACUUUGGAUUCUGAUUGGCUGAUUCUGACCUCAAGUUGGAAAUUGACCAAUCACAAAGCAACAUUCUGGGACUGGUUCCCAAACUCAUUUUACAACCUUGGAACCAGAUCUGACAUGAAAAGACAAAAUUAAUAGUCUUAAGAGUUUUUUUUAUUGAAAAUAUCUGUUUUAUACUUAUUUGCAUAUUUUGUAUAAACCAUUCAGAACAUUAUGCUGGAUUAUAUAGACAUCAUGGUUUAAAGAUUGACAUAAAUUAAGUGUGUUAAAAAGUUUAAAGACAUUUUGUUUUGUAUACUGUUAAAGAGUAGUAAUUUCUUAUAAAGCAGUGUGUGUUUUUCUUGAGGUAGACACCGUUCUUCAUGCCUCUGUUUUACAAAGAUAGGGGCAUUUCUUUACAGUGUAAUUUGUAUUUAUGUAUACGAUUUAUGUGUUGAAUUACGCACUGAUUUUGAGGCCAGGAACUACUUAAAUUAUUUUAAAAUAUGCUGUUGUAGAUAUAGGCUGAAAAUCCUUUUUCAGAUGAAAAUGCAUCGAGUAUAAAUAUCUGUAUAUUGACGGGACUUCUUUUCAAACGAUUAUUCAGAAAGCCCGAAAUAUAUGGAAAAAUGGUAACGCACUAAUAAUGAAGUUACUUAAACCGCAAGGUGGUUCUGUUUUUUGCUGGAGCACUUGCAUACUGGUGUAUAAUCUUUACCUCUGAAAAUAAAACGCUCUGAGUAACACGUCACUUAUAAAACGUUCAUAGAAAGUAGUCUGGUCAGAAAAUCAGUGAGUAGAUUUAGUGAUUAAAGGGUAAAGUUGCGCAAUGCAACCUGGGUAUUUGAUGGUACGUUUAUAAUGAACUAUAACGAGAAUUAACUUUGUGUUUCUGUUAAUCAUUAAAUUAUAUAUUGUUGUAUUUGUCUGUGUUCUUGUUCAGAGUUCCAUAAUAUUGACAGUGGUGUAGAUUUUGUAAUAAAAAGUCAUAAACUACUUCUUAAUAGUAUUAAAGUUUGUGGGAACAUAGUACGUUCCUUCAUGUUUUUUUUCUUCAUAAAGAUUUUUCAAAAAAAUAGCUGGUCAAAAUAAAGAAAUUUUGUAAUGAUGUUGAAAAUCUAAGAAAUAGCCAAGAUCAGAUUUUUGUACAAAUCUUUUAUAUUUUAACUAUAAAUGGUGUCAGUUACGUAUUUUCGUUCAUUAUUGAAUUCAAAAUCAUUAAAAAACAACUGAUCAUUUGAAAGUAUUUAGAAUUAAUUAAUAUCGGGGAUACUAAAAAAAGUUUUUAAAUUUUGUUUCUGAGAACAGUCAGCUUGAAAAGGCAUUUUGAUCUCAUAUUUAGUGUCUUCUUUUUUGUUUGGUUUCACUUUAGACUAAAUAUUCUUAAAUUACUUAUUUUCUGAUCAUUCCAGAGAAAUCUUCUGGCAAAUCAGUUGAUAAAGUAGAAAAAAAUGUUAAAAAUGCUUGUUAACAGACUGACAAAAAAUGUUUUCUUAGUUUACAAGCUUAAAGUGUAUAUUGUAUAAACCUGAUAUUCAGUAUUAUAUGUUCAUACGAAAUGUUUGGUUGCUAUGGAAACACUUCAAGAAAGCCUUGUGAUUUUACUUUUACCCAAAUCUGGAAGAAAUAUUUAACCUUUACCCUGCUGUAUUUCUAAUCAUUCAGAUUGGGCAGUACCACUUUUGAUUCAAAGGGGCGUUCACUAAAAAUUUACUGAGUGAAUAGCGAACAGUGCAGAUCAUGAUCAGCCUGCAUAGAUGUGCAGGCUGAUCUUGGUCUGCACUGGUCGCAAAGGCAGAAUCCCUUGCCGCUAGCAGGCUAAGUAAUUGUAGUUAAAAAUAUCUUAAGAAAGUAGGGAAAUUUGUUACCAUAGCAACAAAACUUUUUUUUUCACCACACCACACAUUUAUUGUGUGUACAGAAGUGUGAUCAUUCAAUGUUGAAUGUAAAUGAAGUUUGAUCAUACGUAUUGUUUAAAUGAAACAUUAUAUAAUUAUGUUAUAUUAACAUACUAAAUGCACAUAUCAAAAUUUCUUAGAAUAAUAUUGAAAUGUUCUAUUGUUAUAAUUUGGAAAAUCUUGUUUAUAAAACCAAGCAGGUGAAUGAAUUCGUCAAAAUUUUUGUUAAAAAUUAUAUUAGUUUUGUUAUUUUUUAAAUGGAUACAAUUACAGUUUUAUUUCUAGAAUUACCAUGUCUUGCACGGGGGAGUCAUUUCUAUGUGAAUUUACGCAUAUUCUUCAGUGUUUCCAAAACAUAUGUAUGAUCAUUCUGUCAUUUUCAGAGAAUAUAUGUGAUCAUUGCAUCAUCAAAUGUUAACAUAUGUGUGGUCAUACAGACUAUUUGUAUAUGAUUUAAAUGAAAAAUGUGAUAUUUUAGAUUUGUAUUGUGUAUGUGCGUGUGCGAUCGAGGGUAUGCGAGUAGGAAUGAAUGAGAACAUCUCCCAGAGUGUUGGAAUUUCUUUACAGCUCACCUUCAAAAUGUUCAUUCUCUAGAAGUUGAGAUUUCUUACAUGUAUGAGUACACCACAUGUACAUGUAUAAUAUAUUUUGUUAUAUACCUAUGGUAAACAAAUUCAGUAUAUCGAAUUUUUAAACAAAUUUACGCAUACACAUUUAUAAAACACUGGUAAAAUCUAAUUUUGGCGUUCAAAAAUGUGUAUAUUUACUGUGUAUUGUGUCAUUAGAUUGAUUUUCGGCCAUUUUACAGCAGACGCUUUGUAUUUACUAAACAUAUGAAAGUGUACACGUUCUAUUGGAAAACUCAACUUUCGUUAGGUCAUCAAAAUCUGUUAUAAUAGGAGAAUCGUGUCCAUUGAAUAUGCAGUUACAUUCAUGAUCAUUAUAUUACAUCCUAGGUACACUCUUGCAUAAUAUUUUGACAUAAUUAUAUGCCAUGGGACAGGCUCUAACAACUAGAUAUCCAGCAAAUCAAGCGGUUCCGUUUCUUUAGAUUUGGUUUACCUUCAAGCUUUUAACCUGUUUGAAAAUAAUAGAUAUUUCCUUUUUUUUUAAAACGGAACAAAAAGAUUAUUUGAUUUAAUUCAUUUCAGAUUUUUUUUGUGACAAGAGAAAAUUAAAUUUUGCAAGUAGCUUUAUAUGCCUAGAGUCUGUGCUUGAUUAUGUAUAUAGGUGAAUUCAUAACUUUUAAACAAAUCACAUUGGCCAGUACUCUUCAUUCUUCUUUCUAUCACAAAGUACAUUGUGUAGAAGUGUUAAAUUUUAUAUCAAGAAUCUCAUACGUUGUAUUGAU